AGUGACGCACAUGACGAUCCUGUGAUCCCGUGCCUGUUUCCAGAAGUAGGCAUUAGGGAAAUUUUGGUUUAGGGACAGUGUGUUGCUCAAACCGCCCGGAGCUCCGUGGAGAACUGCAGAACUUCAGAGGCAAGGAACCAUGAAUCUGAAAACCUGGCUUUUUGUAGCCGCUUUGAUAGCGGGUACCCCCGCACCUUCCGCCGCGGGUCCGCUCCAUGCGCAGUGCAAAGUUGAGUGGUAUUUCGGGAUCCCCUGCAGGCAGGUGUACGUGUCUCUGGUGAACCAGAUAAAGAAGUGGAGGACUCUAGCCAGCUGUGCCAUGGGGGGUAUGAAGUGUCUCUAUAAGCUGCAGUCUGCUAAUAUCCACUUCAUCUCGGCCAAGCACACCACCCCGGUGAAGAGGCACGUGGACGACCUCAGCUUCCGCCUGGUCCCCUUCAGGCUCUUCACCCACUGCCACGUGUCGGCAAUGUCUGUGUCUGAAACCUGGUACACCAUUCUUGAUCAUGGCACCAACUACUGCAACCUCUACAAUCUGAUGGAAGGCAGUGGGCUGACAGAAGCACCGGGCUACACGGAGAUAACCAGCGAUUUCCUCUGUACCCAGCGGUCCUCUGCCAACUGUACCAUUUACUGAGGCUGACACUGCCAAUGAACUGAGACUGAGACUGCCAAUCACUUUACAUUCACAUUAAGACUGCCAAUCAUCUCACACCAACACUGACACUGCCAAUCAACUUACACCAACACUAAGACUGCCAAUCAUCUCACACCAACACUAAGACUGCCAAUCAUCUCACACCAACACUGAGACUGCCAAUCAACUUACACCAGCACGGAGACUGCCAAUCACCUUACAGGAAUGCCAAGACUGCCAGUCUGGCCAGACUACCUUACAGCAAUACUGAGACUACCAUUCACCUUACAGCAAUGCUGAGGCUACCAAUCACCUUACCGCAACACUAAGACCUGCGAAUCAACUUACACCAACAUUAAGACUGGCAGUCACCUCACACCAACACUUAAGACCGCUAAUUAUCUCCAAUCAACGCUAAAACUGCCAGCUGUAUCAGCUUCAGGCCUACUUGCUGUACCUUAACACUAACACCUAGACACCCGUCUGUACAGACACUGAGACCUCCAGCCACAUUACACUGAGACUGAGACCUCUGACCUACAAGCGUGCAAGCACUGAGACCGCCACAUGUGCCUCGCGCCAGCGCUGAGAGCCAGCGGCAGGGAACGUUGUCUUUGCACGGCCGGCAGAAAUGGCAAAUGGAAGCGCAGGAAGCUUGUGGUGUGGCGGAGCAGAAAGUGGGAAAAGAUGGCAUGUUUAAAAUGCCAGUUGAAGCCACGGGGUUACGCUGUGAGUAAAGAGGGGGCUUAGCUCUUAGCUUCGACCUGGUGUGCAAACGUAGCCAUUUUCAUAGCUGCGAGCUAUUUUUUUUGACAAAUGUGUGAUUAUCCUAAU